AUGCUUAAGAAUGGGAUUCGUAUAAAGAAGUCCGGCUUGUCGUUAAGACAGGUUCGGAACUUUUCUUUCCAAUUACCAUCUAUUUCCACUUUAGACCAAGUCAAAGCUGCAAACUCCGACUACGAUGGACUUUUCAAGAACUCUACUGUUAAGCAAAUCUGGUAUGAAAGAGGACAACAUCUACUUGAUGGCCUUAACCAAACUAUGGAAGAUCAUGGAUUGGAUAAAACUGGUACAGAUUUACAAACUAUUAUUACAGGGCUGAUCAGUAAACCUCAAUUAUACGGUGUUUACUCAUACUCUGCAUCACUUUACACUUUGCAAUUCUUUUUAGAGUCUUUGAAACCUAAUAAUACUUCUGAGAUUUCAACUCCCACCGCAGAUACACUCUUAAAAACUCCCGCAUUGAAUGAAUACACAAAUGUUCCUACAAAUCCCGUUCUAGUUGAUUGGAUCAAUCAACUGUUUGGUUCUAUUGAUGAGUUUAGAACUCUUUUGUUGAAUUCCGCAAGAGGUAUCAAAGGUGAUGGUUAUGUAUGGCUUGUUGCCAAACUGACAGUUAGUGGGAAAACUGAAAACACGAAGUACAUUUACAAGGAAUUAUCUGUUACCAAUACUUAUAAUGCAGGUGUUGUUGAUGAUGGAUUAAGAUCUGGCCAAGUUACUAAAUUAAAGGGCCAAAAGCAAGCUCGUUUAGAUAAUUUGCGUAAAAGAGCUGAUGAAUUAUCCCAGUUGGAAGGUAGUUCUACUCAAAAUACUGAAUUACAAGCAGAAAUUGCACAAUUGGAAGAUGAUAUCAAUCUUAAGGAAUUAGGUACUGUUGAAGAAGCUGAAGAUAUCACAGUAUAUGCGAACAAGAAAUUGGUUCCAUUGUUGGCAAUUGAUGCUAGUCCUAGAAACUAUUUAUUGGAUUAUGGAGUUUUUGGUAAAAACAAGUACUUAGAUAACCUUUGGGAAUCUAUUGAUUGGGAUGUGGUGGCCAAGAGAAUGCCUCCAAGAUCUAAACAGUUUUUCUCUAUUGAUUAA